AUGCGGUACCACAUCCGGCGUCGGUCUGGCUCGGACGAGCACGGCCGAGUCGGUCUCUCGUUCGGUCCCGACGUACAAGCGCAGCUGCAAACUAACAGAACAUAUGCUGUACAUUCGUCACGACUGACAACUAACGAAAAUUCCGUUAGCGCCUUGUGGGGCUCGAAAUGUGCGAAAUCUAGAGCGAUCGACAGAACUGAAGGGACUAACAUCUCGACCCGGACACGACAGACUGGCAAUGCGGACAACGAGGAUGUGGAAAAACGAAGUAAGAAUGGGACAUUACGCGCAUUGGUGCAUUGUCGCAUUGUCCGCGGGCAGUCGCAAGUCGGGCCUUGGAAGCGCCGACGUUUUGCAAUGCGCCGUUCUCGACAGUUGAAAAUGGAGGACUUCCCCAACCGCGUCCGACAGCUGCUGGAUUUUAUGCGUCGCUUUACACUCCUCUACCCGAGGUGCAACAGUCACCACGCCAAAUCUGCCACUGUCGCCACGAACACCACCAACACCACUAAGCCACUAGCCCAACUGCCCACUAACACCAACAUCUGCGGCUACUUCAGCACCAGGCCAGGGUGCACAACAUCUCGUCCUCAUCAAACAGCUUCAUUUGCACGUCAAGUUCACAUCGUUUCCACCCACGGUCCCCCAGUCCGUCCACGCUUGUCUCGCUUUGUACCUGCGUGCUACGACUGCCCACCGACCCAGCUUUGCUUCCACAACAGCCAUCUGGAGCGUCCCCGUCACACAACCGAACAGGUGUCAGGUUCAUUUAUUACUGUUAUUAUCCCGGGCAACACAUAUAGCCGCUGUGCUGUCCUCUUCUUCACGGCACCUCCUUUUUUUAUUUGCAGUCUUCUCCUCACAAUGGCGUUUCUCGCCUCGUCUGCACGCAUUGGCCUCCGUCCUCUUGUUCAACACCAAACUUCCCCGUCACGACACCUCGCCUCACAGACCAGAACCGCCAUACACAGCCAUUCCCUGUCAUCACCGCCGCGCCCAACCGCCCCUAUGAGCGCCUCUGUUCUCUUCGCUGCCGCGGCCGUCGCGGUGGGCGCCUACGUUGCAUACACGUGGACGUCGUCCACCGCCCAGGCCGAGGCGCCGGGCGGCAAGCCCCCGUUUGCCAGCUUCGGGUUCCGCACGCUGACGCUCGCCAGCAGCGAGACGGUGAACCACAACGUCAAGCACCUGCGGUUCGACCUGCCGGAUCCCAAGACGCCGAGCGGGCUGACCGUGACGUCGGCCCUGCUGUCCAUUACCUUUCCCAACGGCCGGUGGCUGCCGGUGCUGCGGCCGUACACGCCCAUCAACGACACUGAUGACCUCGGCCGCAUUGACUUUUUGAUCAAAAAAUACCCCGACGGCAAGCAGUCCUCCUACAUGCACAGCCUCCAGCCGGGCGACGCCGUCACCUUCUUCCGCAUCCCCGGCUACAGCUGGACCCCCAACGAGCAGCCGCACGUGGCCCUCGUCGCCGGCGGCCAGGGCAUCACCCCCUGCUACCAGCUGCUGCGCGGCAUUCUGCGCAACAGCAGCGACCGCACCAACGUGACGCUCGUCUGGGGCGUCAACACCGAGGCCGACCUGAUCCUGGACAAGGAGCUGGCCGCCCUGCAGGCGCAGUACCCCGGCCGCCUGACGACGCAGUAUGUCGUGAGCACGCCGUCCACGAGCGCUGCGUCGUCCACGUCCUUCAAGAGCGGCCACGUCACGAGCGCGGUGCUCAAGGCUGCUGGCGUCUCGGCGGCCGACGGCAUAGGCAAGGUGUUUUUGAGCGGACCUCCCGCCAUGGAAAAGGCACUGUUGGCGCGCGACGGAGCGCUGGCUGAGCUGGGCUUUGGCAAGAAGGAGGUGCACAAAUUCUAG